GAGAGAGAGAGAUGCAGGGUGGUGGUUAUGGUAGUAGUAGUAGUAAUUCAUGUUUAAUGAAUUUUGGAGAUAAUAGUGGAAAUGGGUUGUCUUCCUUGAUGAUGAUGAUGAAGCCUCUCAUGACUUCUCCUCCUCCUAAUCACAACACCAGUAGUAGUGGGAAUGGGUUUUCUUCCCUCAUCCUCAACAACGACAACACCACCACCACUACCACCACCAGCAAUGGUUCCUCCUCUAUCAGGGCUAAGAUCAUGUCUCAUCCUUACUAUCCUCGUCUCUUAACUGCCUACGUCAACUGCCAAAAGGUGGGAGCACCACCUGAAGUGGUGGCAAGGUUAGAAGAAGCUUGUGCGUCGUCUGAAGAAGCCAUGGCUAGGAACAGAAAGGGAUGCUUAGGUGAAGACCCAGCACUUGAUCAGUUCAUGGAAGCUUACACUGAGAUGCUCACUAAGUAUGAACAAGAGCUCACCAAACCCUUUAAAGAAGCUAUGAUGUUCCUCUCUAGGAUUGAAUGCCAAUUCAAGUCUCUCACUGUGUCUUCUUCCACGGAUUCUGCAUGUGUUGUGGGUUCAGAUCGUAAUGGAUCAUCUAAGGACGAGGUUGAUGCACAUGAAAACUUCAUUGAUCCUCAAGCAGAAGACAAAGAGCUGAAGGGUCAGCUUUUGCGCAAGUACAGUGGAUACUUGGGCAGUCUCAAGCAGGAAUUUUCGAAGAAGAGAAAGAAAGGAAAGUUGCCAAAGGAAGCUAGACAGCAAUUGUUGGACUGGUGGAGCAGAAACUAUAGAUGGCCUUAUCCCUCGGAAUCACAGAAGCUGGCACUCUCAGAAUCAACAGGUCUGGAUCAGAAGCAAAUAAACAACUGGUUCAUCAAUCAGAGGAAGCGCCACUGGAAACCUUCAGAAGAGAUGCAGUUUAUGGUGGUCGAUGCAACACAUCCCCCCUACUUCAUCGACAAUGCUAUGGGAAAUCCUUACCCAAUGGAUUGCACGCCGACAUUCCUUUGAAAUGUUGAUGG